UUUGUUCCUUAGAAAAACAAGAUAGUUAUUAUGCUCCUAUAACCGUUCUUCCCAUGAAAAUUGUUUGAGAUGCAAGAGUGUUUAUUUUUUGUUGUUGUUUUGUUUGUUGUUAUUUAACUUUUCAUGUCAACUUUGUUUUUUAGAAAUAUAAAAAUUAUAUCGCAACAAUGUAUUCAGCAGUUACUUCUGUUCCUAUAAAGUCUAGUUCAUCAUUAUUAUAUAACAAUUUCGAUGCGUUACUUUCUGAAAAUCCUUUGGAAACUUUAUAUAGCAUUGUACAUAAAUCGGCAGUUUGGUUAUUUAACCCUAAAGCAGCAUUAGAAGGAGAUAGCACAACUUAUAAAAGAGUAAUUUGCAAAGGUGAAGGAUCUCAUUCAAGCUCUUUGAUAUUUCAGGCGAAAUGGUGUGUGUUGGCGCACAGAACUUUAUUAGUUGUCACAUCUGUGAAAGGAACACAGUUUUUUGAAUCGGAUGGAUCCAUCAUGGUGUUUUGGCAGUCUCUAUCACCAAGUGCCACAGAAGGUCUUGCACAGUAUGCUCGUGGUAUUACAGGAGUUGGAGAAAAACAUAUUUGUUUUGGAACUGCUGAUGGAAGCAUUCUUGUGUUUGAUGUACCUUCAAAAGGAAAUGGUGUCAAGUUACAAGAAACAUUGAACGCACAUGAUCAAAGUAUUACUGAACUACACGCCUCUAACGACACGAUGAUAUCCGGUGAUGAGAAGGGGAAGAUUGUGGUGUGGAGGGCUGGCGGUUACUUUCAAAAACUUAGAGUCAUUGAUGGUUAUAACUAUCCAGCAUCUAGCAUUCGCAUAUGGAAAAACUUUGUUGUAGCUGGUUAUGGUAGCGGACAUGUACGAGUAUUUAACUCAGAGACUGGUGUUAUUAUUGCUGAAAUCGCGGCUCAUGCGAGGUGGAUUAAUGCAAUUGAUAUUGCAGAAGAUAGUGGAAUGUUACUGACGACAUCAGAAGACAGCUAUUUUCGAAUAUGGAAUCUUUCUUCUUUUGAGGUUGUUCAACAAACAUCUAUCGGAGAUAUACAAAUAACAGGUGCAAAGUUUCUCAACAGUGAAGGAACGAAAUUUGGAUUGACCGGAUAUGAUUUAACGGACGUACUAGUGUAUCAAAAAACCUAAUGGUUGCCUUAGGUGUGUAGUUUUUUGUUAGAAAAUUAGAAUUACUACUUAUAGAUCUGUGAAAUUUUUUUUAAACUGUGUAAUUUAUUUGUCAUUCAUUGUAUAUAUUAUAUAAGUAAAACCCAGAAGCAACUGUUGUUGUUGUUGUUGUUGUUGUUGUUUUUAAUAGUAGUGCUUCUAUAGGUGCCUUUUUGUGAUAGAACAAAGAGAAAUAAGAGCAACAGUGUAUUUACAUAACCGAGAGAAACUCUAUGUCCAAUCUAUCGGCGAAAGUCAGGAUAGAAUUCAACAAAAUGAUUAUAAACUCGUCAGGAAAAUAUCAGAAUUUUAUAGAAAAUAUAUAGGUCUUUUACAGUAACCUUCGUCUACGACAAGCUGUUAACGGCUUCACAUCCCAGAUUUUCUAAUAAUUAUAUCAACGUUUAGAUGUGUUGUAGAAACUUUUUUAUUCUGAAGGGGAAUUUUUGUGUUUUGUUUGCCGGAAAUUUUGGACUUAUUAGAGGGGCGGAUGCCCUGGACUCUGUCCAGAACAAUCUGCGAUUAAUUAUUUCGGUUUUUGGUGUGUGUUUUCUCUUUAUUAAGACUACACAAGAUAUUUUAUCAUACGUUGUACAGAGUAUCAAAUUAUAAUUUAAAGACAUAAAUUAUUCAAGCCUUAUGAAGAAACUUUUUUUUAUUAGAA